GUGUUGCUCCAUUUCUUCAACCGUCAAAAAAAAAAAACCGAGCGUGGGAGCGAGAGAGAGAGGGGGGAAGAGAGGGAGGAGGAGAAGAAGAGAAGGGAAAGAAGAAAGUAGGAGGACAUCCGAUAAUCAGAUUUGUGAUUAACAUUGGUACAAGAUGGCAAUCACUUCUGGAGUAAUGUCAUAUUGCUCAGGCUUGAUUCAUCCUAAACUACAAUUCCAGAUUUUGAAAUAUAAUUGGAGCAGAUCUAAUGAUUACAAUGCCAUUCGACUGGUACCCAAAAGGAUUCCUAGAGUAAGGAUGCAAUGUUCUCCUGCAGAAGGUUUUGGCACCCGACAUGCUACAUUUGUAGGAAGAAAUCAUCAUGAAUUGAGCUUUGAUGAUGACUUCCCUAUGGAGCCCUUUUGGUUAUCUCCGAUAAAGGAAGCUUUCAGGGCCUUGAAAUCUUUACUUGUAUUUCUGGUUGAGCAGCCUAGCCAGCUAAAGUACAUAGAGUGGCCAAGUUUUCAGAGCACGCUGAAGACUGCUUUACUCACUCUUGUUCUGGUGGCACUGCUUAUUGUUGCGCUGUCUUCGGUUGACUCCGCCCUCUACUAUCUGCUGACAUUGUUUAUGAGGAGAACUCCAUGAAUUUAAUGGUCAAGCUCAACGAGUACAGAUACCAUUCAGUGCCUAACGCCGUGAACUCUCCUCACCUCUUAUAAUGCCGGCAGAAGCAUAUUUUACUUUGAAUGUUUUAUCAGAAAUAGCACGCACAGCCUCCCAAAUCAAUUGCAGAAAUUAUAUUGUGACAUAAUUUGAACUUGUUUAAAGCUAUGCUAGUUUGUGAUGUUUGAACAUGGAAAGAAAGCUCAAACAAUCACUUGCUCGUGUGUGAUGUGUAUAAAUAUAUAUAUUUGCAUAGCAAUGUUUUAUCACAUGCUUUAAUUUUCA